UUUGUGUGAGUUUCGUUUUGCGGUCAUCAGCGAUUUUUUUAAUAGAAAAAUUGCAAAUAUUUUGUAAAAUUUUAUAAAUUGUGAGUGUGAAAGAGCUUUGUGAGUUCAGUUGAAAGUUUGAAUGAAAGAUUGAAUUAAAAGUUACGUCGUUUGUUAAGUACAUAGAUCGCCCAUUAGUUUGCCUUUUCUCUUUCGCAUUUUUAAUUAAAUUCGAGGCGAGCGCUAUAACGACGGCUGCUACUUGGUAAGUGCGAUACAUAAAGCAAAGAAGAAGAAGAAUGUAUGAGAUGGAUGUAUUUUGCGGGACACGCACAUUUUCCUGAAAACUUAAUAUUAUUGGCCGAAAAAGUAUGUAUGAGUGCACCAGUGAAUAGCAUAUAUUAGCACAUAUACAUAAAAAUACAAUAAAAGCAUUGAAUUGCCGUCUUCAACAAAAUUAAUCCCAAUAUCAGCGAUAGACGCAGACGGGAGCGCUGCUUUUACUACAAGGCAAUGGCGAUGCUUUCGACGGAGGAAGCCAGCAAAUUGUUGGACUUUUCUCAGAAGCUUGACAUAAGUUUACUGGACAAGAUUGUAGAAUGUUUGUAUACGUCGCAGGGGGAGCAGCUACGUUUGGCGCAAGAUAUUCUCACCACGUUACGUGAGCACCCAGAUGCAUGGACGCGUGUCGACAGCAUUUUAGAAUUCUCUCAAAAUCAGAGAACUAAAUUUUAUGCACUGCAAAUUCUUGAAGAAGUUAUUAAAACACGCUGGAAAAUUUUACCUCGCAACCAGUGCGAAGGUAUUAAGAAAUAUGUUGUUGGGCUUAUAAUAAAAACCUCCUCAGAUCCCGAGACAAUGGAGGCAAAUAAAGUUUACUUGAAUAAGUUGAAUCUAAUAUUGGUGCAGAUAUUAAAACGAGAAUGGCCUCGUAAUUGGGAAACUUUUAUCAGCGACAUUGUGGGCGCUUCGAAGACAAACGAGAGCCUAUGCAAAAACAAUAUGGUUAUAUUGAAAAACCUUAGUGAAGAGGUUUUUGACUUCUCCUCUGGACAAAUAACUCAAACUAAAGCUAAGCAUUUGAAGGAUACAAUGUGCUCAGAAUUUGCCCAAAUUUUUCAACUUUGUUCUUUUGUUUUGGAAAGUUCUAUGAAUGCGCCUCUAAUUCAAGUUACUUUGGAAACUUUACUAAGAUUCCUUAGUUGGAUACCACUGGGCUAUAUAUUUGAGACAGCGUUGAUUGAGACACUUAUUUUUAAAUUUUUAAGUGUCCCAAUGUUUAGAAAUAUUACGCUGCAGUGCCUAUCUGAGAUUGCUGGCCUUACAGUGCCCGAUUAUAAUGAAAAUUUCGCCAGAUUGUUCAAGGAUACAAUGGUUCAGUUGGAUCAGAUGAUUGGACAGAAUCCCAACAUGAGUCAUAUUUAUGCUAAUGGUAGUAGCACCGAGCAGGUAUUUGUUCAGAAUUUGGCAAUGUUUUUAUGCACAUUCCUGAAGGAGCAUGGAAAACUUGUAGAAGAUGUUAAAUAUAUCGACUAUUUGAAUCAAGCAUUACUCUAUUUGGUAAUGAUAUCUGAAGUUGAGGAUGUUGAAGUUUUCAAAAUAUGUUUGGAGUAUUGGAAUAAUCUUGUUGAGGAUCUCUACAACAGCGAAACAUUUGUAGGUGCCACAACUGUUCUUAGUCACACCGAAGCAUUAACUUUGGCCAAACGUAAUGCUUUUCCCCGACGCCGCUUUUAUGCCAAUAUCUUAUCGAAAGUUCGCUACAUCAUGAUUUCAAGAAUGGCAAAACCGGAGGAGGUACUUGUUGUCGAAAACGAAAAUGGAGAAGUGGUACGUGAAUUUAUGAAAGAUACCAACGCCAUCAAUUUGUAUAAAAAUAUGAGGGAGACACUUGUAUUUCUGACUCACUUGGAUUAUACCGAUACAGAACGUAUAAUGACACUUAAAUUAAUGAAUCAAGUUAAUGGUACUGAGUUCUCAUGGAAAAAUCUCAAUACGCUUUGUUGGGCUAUUGGCUCAAUAUCAGGUGCUUUCUGCGAGGAAGACGAAAAACGUUUCCUAGUUACAGUCAUAAAGGAUCUACUUGGUUUAUGCGAACAAAAAAAGGGUAAAGAUAAUAAGGCUAUUAUCGCUUCGAAUAUAAUGUAUGUUGUCGGACAGUAUCCACGUUUUCUUCGUGCACAUUGGAAAUUUCUGAAAACUGUUGUGAAUAAACUUUUCGAAUUUAUGCACGAAACACAUGAUGGCGUACAAGAUAUGGCUUGCGAUACAUUCAUUAAAAUUGCCAUCAAAUGUAGACGCUACUUUGUGACCAUACAGCCCAAUGAGGCAUGUACCUUCAUCGAUGAAAUAUUAAGCACCAUGAGUAGCAUCAUUUGUGACUUACAGCCACAGCAGGUGCAUACGUUCUACGAAGCUGUUGGCUACAUGAUAUCAGCACAGGUGGAUCAAGUACAGCAGGACGCCUUAAUUGAGAAAUAUAUGUUCUUGCCGAAUCAGGUUUGGGAUGAUAUAAUCUCACGUGCCUCGAAGAAUGUUGAUUUCCUAAAAAAUAUGACAGCUGUCAAGCAGUUGGGUAGCAUUUUGAAGACGAAUGUAGCUGCCUGUAAGGCCUUAGGGCAUGCCUACGUGAUUCAGUUGGGACGUAUUUAUUUGGAUAUGCUUAAUGUCUAUAAAAUAACAUCGGAGAAUAUUAUACAAGCGAUUGAAGUUAACGGUGUUGUUGUAAAUAACCAACCGCUUAUAAAAGCAAUGAACGUUGUAAAAAAAGAGACUCUUAAUCUUAUUUCGGAAUGGGUAUCGCGUUCAAAUGACAAUCAAUUGGUUAUGGAUAACUUUAUUCCACCACUACUCGAUGCAGUUCUAUUAGAUUACCAGCGUUGCAAAGUGGCAUCUGCCAGAGAGCCAAAAGUGCUUAGUUCAAUGGCCGUUAUUGUGCACAAACUACGCAAUCACAUCACAAACGAAGUACCAAAAAUAUUCGAUUCCGUCUUUGAGUGCACCCUCGAUAUGAUCAAUAAGAAUUUCGAAGAUUUUCCUCAGCAUCGCACCAGCUUUUAUGAGCUUUUGCAAGCCGUCAAUGCGCAUUGCUUUAAAGCAUUUCUCAAUAUUCCACCAGCACAAUUUAGACUUGUAUUUGAUUCCGUUGUAUGGGCGUUUAAGCACACAAUGCGUAAUGUAGCCGACAUGGGAUUGAACAUCCUAUAUAAAAUGUUACAAAACUUGGAACAACAUCCACAGGCAGCGCAAAGUUUCUAUCAGACAUAUUUCACUGAUAUUUUAAUGCAAAUAUUCUCCGUUGUCACUGAUACUUCGCACACAGCAGGCCUCGCCAAUCACGCCACAAUAUUAGCAUAUAUGUUCUCAUUGGUGGAGAAUAACAAAAUAACCGUGAGUCUCGGGCCAAUACCGGACAACACUAUUUUCAUACAGGAGUAUGUGGCCUCAUUGCUGAAAUCCGCUUUCAAUCACUUAACAGAUAAUCAGAUAAAGGUCUUUGUAACAGGCCUUUUCAAUCUGGACGAAAAUGUGCAAGCAUUUAAAGAGCAUUUGAGAGAUUUCCUUAUACAAAUUAGGGAAAUCACUGGUGAAGACGACUCCGAUCUAUACUUAGAAGAAAGGGAGGCAGUACUACGUGAAGAACAAGCUAACAAGCGUCUAAUGCAGCGUAAUAUACCGGGCAUGUUGAAUCCGCACGAGUUGCCGGAAGAUAUGCAGGAUGAAUAAAAACAAAAAAUAAACACUAAACAUUAAACAUAACAUCAACAGUUGAAAGUAGUAAUGAGUGCAGAGCGAAUGUUUUGAUUUUUCAUAAAAUAAAAAUAAAAUAAAAAAAUAAAAAAAAACACACAAGAAACAAGUAAAAAGAACACACACAAUUAUAUUAUUCAAAUACAUCUUUUUAUAUUUAAUAUCCGUAUGAGAAAAAUUGAAUAAUUCUAAAGUUAUGUUUGAAAUGAAUCUUUGUCGUCGAAGUAUGAAUGUUUAAGAAAUCCAACAUCAUAAAUCUAUAUAAAUAUUAUUAGACUAUUUAAUAUAACCAACAAAGCGAAUGAUUGCGUUUCUUUAUUAAAUUUAGAAAUAGUUUGUACAUUAAAGAAAAAUAAUGAAUGAGAUACAAAUGCAAACUAAAUAAAAGAAAAUGAGCAAAAUGCGUUAAUUGUUAUAUUAAUCACAAAUGAUUGUAAGCGUAUGUGAGUGAAAAUGAAUUAUACCAACAAAUACAUACAUACAUACAUACAUACGUACAUUUGUAUAUGCAUUAAACAGUUGCAGACAGAAAAGUUUUUGAAAUGCAUAACAUUUUUGAUAUGUACUGUACUGUAUUGUAAUUUGUUGGUAAAGCAGAAUACAAAAACAAAAAUAAAUAAAGUAUAAAUCAAACUUAACGAAAUAUUGUGAGAAUUAUGCGUUAUGCGUUAUGAGACCUAUAUAUAUAUAUAAAUAUAUAUAUUCAUUUGCAAAGAGCGUGAUGAGAUGACAUAAAUACAAUAGUAAACAAAUUACGAUUGCUACUAUUUUACCAUUUGAACUAAGCAAUUAUAGAACGGAAUAAACCUUUGAAAUUAAUUUCACAACUAAAACUGAAUGUUCUUAUCAUUACUUGUUUUAUUAAUGUCUAAUUUAUUAUUAAAGCUUGAAAAUGUGUAUGUUUUGCUUUUUAAAUGCGUAUUGGGUGGGUUCAAACAUUUGGUUAUAAUAAAUAAAGCCGGUGUUGUUAACCACCGAAAGACGA